GGUGGGAAAAUGAUCCAUUUUACUGUAAACAUGGAAAUUCGUGCACUUUUCUACUCAAUAUAGAGUCGGCGCGGUCUUUAAACGGUUUCAGUUAUAAUUUGAUCGUUUUGUUAGCUUGUGAAGAUGAGCUGAUUAAUUUUGCUUUUUUUGAUAGAAGAUUUAAUUAUGACGGGAUUUUGGAGUAACGUUUUACUAUUAUGGAUAGCAAUUCAGCUGCAUCCCGGAUCCUCUAUCUACUGGGACCGUCUGCGUUGCUCCUCUGACGCUACACAGAAGAUGCCAGAAGGCAAAGUGGCGGACAUAGGACGGUUUCCAUGGCUAGGCGUCGUGCAGCAUAGCUUCUACAUAGCCGGCAGGACACACUUUGCGGUGACGGGUGCUGUGCUGAUCCAUCCUGUGUUCGCCAUUGCUGCGGCCGAAGAUAUCUCCAAGAUCAAUCCUGCUCAACUCGUGAACAACACGAAACUAAUUCUUUGGGGCGGCAGGGAAAAGAAAUAUGCUCUAGAUAUAAAGGAUUAUAUACUGCACCCGCAGUUUCAAGAAAAGGUGACUUUUGCCACCAUUGCUUUGCUGGAUCUUAUCAGCUGGGGCGAGACUAGUGAAUGGAAAGCCCCUGUUCUUCCAAUUUGCAUGCCAAUCAAGGGUGGAGGAGUGUUCGAAGAUAUGUACGCAGUCAAAUUGAACGAUGCAUCCGGAGAAAUGGAAAAAGAGAUAAUAAAAAUGAAAUUCGUAGGAAAUCAAGAUUGUGAAGAGUUCUAUUAUAAAGCUCAGUUAUCGUAUACCAAAAUGAACCCAGUGAAUCCGCUGUGUGCUGUAUCAGAAUUCGCUACAAAGCCGUGCGUUUGGGAUGGUGGUACCGCGCUCAUCACCAGACAAACUUGGGGGUUUUGGAAGCUGAUUGGCUUCGCAGUCCGAGGCCCGGGGUGCGGGGCUCCAACUAGGUUCCUCAACAUACAUGACUUCCUUCCAUGGAUUAAUGACGUCAUCACCCGCACCCCAACCGACGAUGAAGAGACAUACGCAUUUGGGUUGCGAAGAAUUUCUCCUAUCAAGUUGAUCAUGUAUAAAGCGUCCGUGCCGAUGCCCAAAGGAACUGGUAACUGCGUGAGGAGGCAAAGAGGAGGGGUCAUUUACAAGGAUAGCUCAGAGUUCCUGACCAAUACGAACUUCGUGCAAGGAUUUUUUUUUCUGGUGGUGACCCACUUAGCCGACUUCACGUGCGCAGAGAUCAAUCUUGACGUCAACUCACGGACAAACGCCGCGAUCUGGGUGGAACACAACUGUCACCACGAUGCCAUGGGCCUGUCGUUAGGCGAAUAUAGACCUAUGAGGGAAAAAAUGACAUGCUUCUUAUACUACAAGACAUCGGCGUAUAUUGAGUUUCGCUUCUAUUUCUCCUUCAAGGCCGUUAUAGAGGUGGCUUUAUUUGGCAGAGAGAACACGGCCAUCAUGCGACUGAAACCGAAUCCCUUCAAGUCUUCUCAACAUACUACACCGUGGUGGCCUACUCCUGACGGCCUCAAGUUUAAUUUUUGGGCUCCUAACAACCUUUGGUGGUACAACUUGUGAAACAUCAUCAUCAUCCUCCGAGCCUUUUUCCCAACUAUGUUGGGGUCGGCUUCCAGACUAACCGGAUUCAGCUCAGUACCAGUGCUUUACAAGAAGCGCUGAAACUCUGCUUUUGUGAAACACUAAUAAAUUUUGCAAUGUUAAUAUUA